GUUUCUACCCGGAGCUUCACAGUGUGACGACACCGGGCGGAAAUAAACAUUGAAUAAGCGCCACAGCUUUAGCUUUAGCGAUCAGUGGAAGUUUUUGAAGACGGUUGUAUUGUAGGGCUUGAAAUCAAUGUUUUAGCAGCUGAACUAAUGAUAUGUUCAGUUCAGAAUCUGAAAGAGUUGAUCAACGAGCGACUAACUAAAGAAAUAUUCACAGAGUGUGAUAAAACGACUUUCUAGUGCGAGGUGGCGAUCGAUCGUCAGCGCAGGAAAUCAUCUGGAAGCAAGAAAAAACGUUACAAACCUCCAACAAUAACAGUGCAAAAGUUCUCGCCUAGCAGUAGCUGUGUAACUACGAGAGAAACUCCAGUCUAGACCAGGAGGACCCUGAACACUCACAGAAUAACAAGGAACAGGAGGAACUCUGUAACAGUCUUGCCAGACAGCAGCGUGUGCCAAAUUUGCUGUUUCAAUGCAAAUCCAAAUGUGAAGAAUUACAGAGAACUUUUUGUAGAGAAAACACCAUCACUCAGGACAGAAGAAGAGAUUAUCAGCGCAGACUGCUGGAUAUCAUUUGUAAACCCAAAAUGACAUCACACACAAUAGACAUCUUACAGCCACGUGUCUGUCAAAGCGAGGAGGUUUUUGCUGAGCAGCAGUUCUGUAACCAGAAGAAAGAAUCCAGUCUGGACCAGGAGGACCCAGAGUCUACACAGAUUAAAGAGGAACAGGAGGACUCAGAUACUACACAGAUUAAAGUGGAACGGGAGGAGCUCUGUAGCAGUCCGGAGGAGGAUGACGCAGAGUCUCCACAGAUGAAGGAGGAACACUUGGGCCUCUGUGCCAAUCUGGAGCAGGAAGACCAAGACUCUCCACAGAUGAAAGAAGAACAGGAAGAAUUCUGGACCAAUCUGGACCAGGAGGACCUACACCCUCUAUGUAUCAAAGAUGAACGUGAGGAACAGUACAGCAAUCUGAAUCAGGAGGACCUGCACCCUGUAUGUAUCAAAGAUGAACAUGAGGAGCAGUGCAGCAAUCUGGAAGAGGAGGACAUACACCCUUUAUGUAUCAAAGAUGAACAUGAGGAACAGUGCAGCAGUCUGGACCAGGAGGACCCAGAUGCUCCACAGGUUAAAGAUGAGCAGGAGGAAAUCUGCAUCGAGUGUAAAGGAGAAGACAAAGUGAUGCAGCCAUCAGGAGAUGUCAUUGCUGCUGAAGGAGACACAGUUACACUGGAUUGUACUUUUGAGACCAGUUCCAAUACUCGUACAUUAUUCUGGUACAAACAAGAAGUGAAUGGUUUUCCAAAGUACAUUUUAAGACGUGGUUAUUCUGGAGCUGAUAAUGCUCCAGAGUUCCACAAAUACAAAUUUGAUGCUGAACUCAACAAGACAUCAGUUCCUCUGAAGAUCCAGAAGCUUCAUCUGUCAGACUCUGCUGUGUACUACUGUGCUCUGAGGCCCACAAGUGUGACUCGCUCUGGAACAGACAAACUCAUCUUUGGUUCAGGCACAAAACUCAUCGUUGGCUCAAAGGAGGAGUACGAUCCAUACUACUACAAAUUGCAAGAGGGAGACACCACAGUUUGCCUGGCCACCGGCUUCAGCAGAUACAAUGCUACAACAGACCACGAAGACUACGGGAAGCUUUUCAACGAUACUGAGGCCGCUCGCAUAUCUCCAGAUCUCUCUUUGUACAACCAAGUGAUUUUUCCAAAGGACAAAAAUGAUAAGCUAGAAAACUGUGAAGCUUCUGGUACUGAGUCCGGCCCGUGUGAAGACACUCUGACACCAGAUCCGACGGUGAAUGGCAUGUCUUUAACCAUCCUGGCCCUCAGAGUGAUCUUCCUCAAGACUGUCGUCUGCAACAUCCUGAUGACCAUGCGGCUGUGGAUCAGUCAGUAAACUGGACAAAGCUUCACCAGAAAGAAGAAAUCUCCACGAUGAAGCUUCUACAGCCUCCUGGUCCUGUAUUAUAGCGUGUAUAAAUUCCUCCCUGUGGACAGACAUGGAAGCUUUCCUGUAUCACAUGUAACGCUGAUUGUUUGGAAAAGUCAGUUUAUAUUGUUGCUGUUUUGUUCUUUCUGUCUUAUCAUCACACUGACAUAUCACUCACUCCUCUGUAAUAUCUGCUGUGUACAAUAAAACCUGGAAAACACA